UCCUCACCGGAGCGCCUUGUCCGACGGCAGCUUCCGGUGUCCUUCCCGGUGGGGCGCGCGGCGCGGCGCGGCCAUGGCGCAGAACCUGAAGGACCUGGCGGGGCGGUUGCCGGCCGGGCCGCGCGGCGUCGGUACCGCGCUCAAGCUGCUGCUGGGCGCCGGCGCCCUGGCCUACGGCGUGCGAGAGUCCGUGUUCAUCGUGGAAGGCGGCCAGCGGGCCAUCUUCUUCAACCGGAUCGGCGGCGUGCAGCAGGACACCAUCCUCGCCGAGGGGCUGCACUUCAGGAUCCCCUGGUUCCAGUAUCCCAUCAUCUACGACAUUCGGGCCCGGCCGCGGAAGAUCUCCUCCCCCACCGGCUCCAAAGACUUGCAGAUGGUGAACAUCUCGCUGCGUGUCCUCACCCGUCCCAACGCUGCGGAGCUGCCCAGCAUGUACCAGCGCCUGGGGCUGGACUACGAGGAGCGGGUCCUGCCUUCCAUCGUUAACGAGGUGCUCAAGAGCGUGGUGGCCAAGUUUAAUGCUUCACAGCUCAUCACUCAGAGAGCCCAGGUGUCUCUGCUCAUUAGGCGAGAACUGACAGAGAGAGCCAAAGACUUCAGCCUCAUCCUGGAUGAUGUGGCUAUCACAGAGCUUAGUUUCAGUCGUGAAUACACAGCAGCUGUGGAAGCUAAGCAAGUGGCCCAGCAGGAGGCACAGCGUGCACAGUUUCUGGUGGAGAAGGCCAAGCAGGAGCAGAAGCAGAAGAUUGUUCAAGCUGAAGGGGAAGCUACAGCUGCCAAGAUGCUGGGGGAAGCUCUCAGCAGGAAUCCAGGCUACAUCAAGCUACGUAAGAUCCGAGCUGCUCAAAACAUCUCAAAAACGAUUGCUGCCUCACAAAACCGUGUCUAUCUCACAGCAGAUAACUUGGUACUGAACCUACAGGAUGAGGGUUUCACCAGUGACAGUCUCCUACCCAAGCAGAAGAAAUGAAAGAAACUAAAGCCUCCCAGAACCAGCGGUGCUACCCAGCAGCAGAUAGGAGUGAGGAGCUUCAACCUCCCUCCACUGGCAUUGUUUGCCCUCACUUUGAAGUUGUUAAUCCAGUAGCCAGAUCUGGUUCUCGUGCCCCUGCUCCAUUUGUGGUGGUCCAGUUAAAGGAUUGGGCUCUGCCUCUGGGCAGCUGUGAUUCCUUCCUCACCCUACCAGUUAAAUAUGGGGAGGGGGGAAGAGGGGACUUACUAGGAUUAACUCAUGUGGAUAUAGUAAUUCACCUCUAAUCUUCAUUAAUCUGUAGAUUUUUAUAGGUAAAAUCAGAAUUUUUUCUUUUUUUUUUUUUUUGGCCAAGUGAGGGAGUUCUGCUGCCAAGAGCACCAGGCUUCUUUGAUAGUAAAUCACAUUUCUCUUUCACUCUUGAAUCCCAAGAGAACCUGGGCCUGAAUUCAGGAAAAUGUCAUCCAUUGGGUGCCUGUUAACUGCUGGAAGGUCUGUUUGUGUCACUGUCUGCUCAGUGAUUCAUUCAAACAUUUGUAACAAUUAAACCCCCCCCAAAUUUA